AUGGAACACCGCGUCGGCGCCGUCGUGACGAGGCUCUGUCUGGCACACCGCUGGUUAGCCGGCUGGUGGUGGAACGUCGCAUCGGCAUCGUCGAGACGAGGCUCCGCCUGGUACGCCGUGGAUCAGCCGGUGGGAUGGAUCUCCGAAUUGGCACCGUCGACACGCGCCCAUCUGGUGCACCGUAGGAGACCGCAGGCUUGCGGCAAUGCCGUAAGCCAUUGGCAAAUUCGAGUCGUUCUUCCACUGCCAAAAAACUCGUGGUCCACAGUGGAGUUCGGCCGCGCCGGCACAUCAAGCAGCCCUAUUCAGGGUUAGGGCACAGCUUCCUUCGGGGCGGGCCUGGAAAAGCUGGCCUAAAAAUUGCUGGGGAACCACGUCGUCUGCUGGCGCACCGUGGUCGCAGACGCAAAACUCACGGUCGAAACAAUCAAAAUCGAAACAACUACAACAACAGCCAUACUCAUUCUCCUCAACCUACCUCUUCUUCCUCUACCCCGUCUAUUCUUCUGCCUAUUCUUCUCCUUCGUCAUCUUCUUCUCCACCUCCUUCCCGUCGCUCCACUCGCUUUCCCCAGACUGACAGGGUGAGUCCGCUCACUCUGGCAGCCUGGAAUGUUCGUUCCCUUUUAGACAAUCCGAGGAGCAACCGACCGGAACGGAGGACGGCGCUAGUGGCACGAGAACUGGCGCGCUGAAUGUUGCUUUGUUGUCUUUGCCCGCUCACCGCCUUCAUUUUAGCAAUGAGCUAGCUCAACGGCUAGACAACCUACCAAUCGCUGCCGCCGACGACGCCGCCGCCGCUGCCGAGAAAGCCUCCGUGGAGAACCGCUGGGGUCAACUGCGAGACACGGUCCAGUCGACGGCGCUCGCCGUCCUUGGUCGCGCUCCCCGUCAACACCAGGACUGGUUCGACGACAAUGACGCCGCCAUCAGAAAUCUGCUUGCUGAGAAGAACCGCCUACACAAAGCCUACGUAGAUCACCCCACUGAUGCCACCAAAACUGCCUUCUACCGCAGUCGCCGCCAACUUCAGCAACGACUGCGCGAGAUGCAGGACGCCUGGACUGCUCGCAAAGCUGAGGAGAUCCAAAGCUACGCGGACCGCAACGAAUGGAAGAACUUCUUCUCUGCGAUCAAAGCUGUCUACGGUCCGCCGACGAAGGGCACUGCUCCUCUCCUCAGCGCCGACGGCAGCACUCUCCUGACUGAGAAGACGCAAAUCCUACAGUGA